AUGCAUGUGAGUAAUUGGAAAUCAACGGAAUCUCGUAAAGCUGUCAGUUCACUUAGUAGUGGAGGAUCAAAAAAAGAUCAAGCUCAGCUAAAAAUGCAGAUAAUGCCAAACAUUGAAGAACGAUUUAGAGAAAUGGUUGAGAGGACUAAAAAUGAUAGCGAGCCUUUAUCAAAGCAGUUAUCAACAGAGAAAUAUCUGCCUGACAAGACUUCUGAGACAGAAAAUGUGAAUAGCAUGGAAUUUGACGUAACUCAAUGGGAAAAUACGCUUUGGGCAGAAAACAAAUCAGCAAAAUUUUGUACAAAUAAUUUUUUAUAA